UUACAUGUGUUUGGUGGUUGCGAUGUCUCCUUUGACGUCUCGGUACACGGCAGGCGGCAGAAACCCGAACGGCAGCUUCUCCACCUUCUUGAGCAACGACAGCAAACGACCCCGCACCUCUUGACGUACGCUCCCUGCACAGCACAGCCAUCCACAUAGCAUACACAGAAUGAAUGACACACAGACACCCGGGAUCGACCAAUGGAUGUUCUGCCAGGCUUGGCUUACCCGGCAGGGCAGCGGUCAUCACCUCUAUCCACUCCGUGUGGGUGGCCGCCCUCGUUCCAAUCACCUUCUCCGCUGCUCGGGCAAUCUCCCGGUGGUCCAUGUCGAAGUCCUUAUACUUCUCGUACGCCGCCGUCAGCUCGUUGACGCUCGAAGAUGCUCUCACAGGCGUCAGGGUGGGGCGGGCAACGCUCAACACACACCUCAACGCCGCAACCAUGUCGCAUCUGAGUGAUAACGACACGCAGAGGAAACAUUGACAACCGUGCUGUUGAUGCCUGACUCGUGUCUCUUUCUGUCCUGCUCACCUGGGUCCUUGCUGAUAGCCGCGCGGACUGUACAUGCUGGCUUACGCAAACGUACUGACCAUGACGUCCUUUGGUUCCGACGAGCCGCGCAUCCGUCUGCCUGUGUGCCAUCUCGAGGAUGAUGGAACGAGUCCAAUCGAUGAGCAUUGCGCGCAGGCGGCCGCCUCCCCGUCUCCCCGGGAACAUGAUAUUGGUGAGGUUGAAGUCUCGGUGGAUCAGGUGGGCGCGGUGGCACGUCUCGAGUGCAUCAAACUGCAUGCCGCACACCACACAUAUGGGUGAGUGAGACAGAAACACAUGCAGAAAAAAGAUAUACCAAUGGAUGCGUCCACCCGGCACUCACCGUCGAGGUGAGAACUUCCAUGACGGCGACGAAGGGGAGGUGGGGGUUGUUGGUCAGCCGUCGGUACUCGCCCAUGAGCUGCGAUAAUGUGGACUGGAGCUUGCUGAGCUCCAGCACCUUCCUCGUGCCGGCCGCCGUCUCCACAUCGAGGCACAAGAGGGUUGUCGGGACGCACGGCUGCUUCCCGUCUCUCUUCCCCUGGGCGUGCACCGCCGCUUUCGCCUGGUGCUCGUCGACGAUUUCGUCUUCAUAGUCGGCGUCGUGGGCCGUCUUGCUGACGAACAUGUCACAGACGGCGCCGUCGAAGCCCUCCUUCGGGGGGCUGCUCCUCGAUGGGCUCUCUGGGUUUGCUGCUCGACCUUGACAGACACGCAUAGGCAUCCAUUCAGCACACGGAAAGGUCAAUUCUGUGACCCUCGUGUUGGAUCUUACCCUCCAGCCCGAGGUCGCCUUGCUGCUCCUGUCGGUGGUCUUGCUCGUGGGGGUCUGUCGUCGCCUGACGGUGGCCUCUCGAUUGCCACCACCUGAUGGCCACAUACAAGAGACAACAGACAUCGGCAAUUGACAUCAGUUGACUCGCCAUCGAUGUGUGUGCGUAGCGUACCAACUGAUGUCGCUGAGGAGCUCGUUGGCGAUGGCCUUCAGGUGAACGAGUGGAAGUGCCCGCCAGUCGUCGUGGACUCCCAUGGCUGGGAGUCGCCUGUGGAUGGAAGGACAGACAAUCGGCUCUCUUUCUGUCUCUGUGCCCGCUACCUCUUCUUCGGCGCCGGCUCUCUGGGUUUGCUCGACCUUGGUGUCCGUCUCCAAGGUCCGCGUCGAUGAUUCCUUGGAGGUCUCUGUCUUUGGGCUUAGCUCUGUGUGUCCC